AAAUCUUUUAUAUAACUUGUCCAUUUCCCCUUUCAGCGCUGGUUUGAAUAAUGGAGUUUGGUUUUUUUCUCUUCAAUGGUGUGUCCUACACCUGAUGGAUGUGCGCGUGAGUGCGUGAGUCGAUCAAUCGAUCGCCCGUUGUUGUUGGCCAAGCCUGGCGCAUCAUUGAGGCUGAGAUCCGACAGAUGGCGUUGAUCUUCAAAAUAAGCCCAGUUCCCCUUCUCCUUUUUUUCUCCUUCAAGAAAAAUGCGAGAGGGGGGAAGGGUAGUAGAGCCUCCAUCUCUCCAGUCAGCAACAUCCGCUGGACUGAAAGCAGUCGACAAAUUCCUUUCUCCCCGUUCGGUUUGCUCCUUGUUCACGUCCUUCUUUUCUCACUCACGUCUACAAGGCCCGUUUGUUUUUUUGGAUGCCAUUCAACUCUAAUCUGAAAUACGAUCAACGCGGAUUUUCGCUUGGCUGUUGCUCGGCUCGUUUCAUCACGGGCCGCCCAUGAAAAGAAAUUGACGACUCGACUCUUUUUUCUUUCCUCUUUCCGAGUUGCCCGCCGCUGUGACACGACGGCAAACUUUUCAUCCAUCGAUCCGCUCCGAUCUCAAAGUUGCGGAAGGGGAGAGAAGAGAAAAACCCUCCGACGGAAUUGGUUUCUUUUUUUGAUAAGGCAACCGAGCAAUGCGGCAUCUCGUUUGUUGACGAUGGACUUUGGACCACCACAAGUCUGAAAUCAGCCGCCAGACUCCAUGUCCAUCAUGAACUGUUACGGACGGAUCCUGUCGGCCUAUCCGGCAGCCGUGGUCUCGGCCGUCGCCACCCUGUCCGUCGCCUGCCUCAUCGUCGUCUUCACUCUCCACUCGCUUCCAGAUUUCUCCGAUCCGCAAUUGGGGUUCGAGUGCCGCGGAACUGCGUUAUCACGUCGGGCCGUCGCCUGGGAAAAUCUUUUGCGGGCCAGCCAGCCAGCCGGACCUCUCAGCACCAAUCCGCUCGAGUCGACUGUGGCGGCCGGCACUUCCGCCGUGUCGUCGCUCAAGAGCAACGACACGCCCCGCAAGAAGAAGAAGAAGCAAAAAACGAAAUGGCAGCAGUCUGAGCGGAUCAACGGCAGCGACUCGACAAGUUCCGUGUCGUCGGCAAUGUCGUCGACGUGGGGGUCGGUGCGGACGCGGAGCAACAGCCUGGACCAAGACGGCCAUCGUGAGAGCAGCAGCAACCAAGCCAAAGCCAAUCAAGUCUGGCCGUCGCCGCAGACGAAUAAAUGGCAGACGAAAGCUGCUACUGCAAGUGGUGCUGCUGGCCAACAAGUCCAGCAACAUCCAUUUGAAGUUCUGCGCGGUCUGGAGAGCGGCGGUGGCUCCAAGGACGGGCAGCCGGCCAAUCACAGCCAUUUCCAGUGGGGCGAAUCCGUCACUCGUUCACCAGCUCAUCCCAUCCGACACAAACCCAUGUGGAGCCAGUUGCAACAGCUGGGCACUGCCGGACUGUUGCGAUCAGACGAGGACGAUCGAGACGACGACGACGAAGAAGAAGAAAACGAAAAGGAGACGGACCAGCAGAUGACGAAAGUCGGUCAUCCGUCUCACAAUCGGUUCUAUUUCUGCGACCAACCGCACGGUGAAUACGCUCACGUCAUUUUCGCCGCGGCCGGCCAGUCGCCAGGAGCGGCAACGAAUCGAUCCCUGUGGAAUGUCGAGUCGAUUCAAUCCAUGUGCCGGCUGGACGAGCUGAUGAGAUCUAGUCCACUCUUCCCGGCCAUCUGCCAGCAACCGGCUCAUCAGCACCAACCAGCCACCGGCCAGCCACAGCUACAGCAGCAGCAGUGCUGCCCUUCCUGGACGCUGGGCCACUAUGUAGCCUUGAUGAGGAAUCGCUCCACGUGUGCCGAUCUCGACGCCAACGACGUCACGGCGGCUUUCAACAUUCUCCAGGCUUGCUCCCGGCAUUACCACGGGCUCCAGCUCUCGCCCAACUGCGACGCCAUUGUCCAAGAAGGUUAUUCCAGUCAGCCGGACACUGCGGCGGCGGGGGAUUGCGGCCGAGACGUGCCUGAAAUGUGCACUCGCCACAAUGCCGUCUAUCACAUUUUUCACUAUUUGACGGACGCGGAAUUUUUAGUGGGCGGCCAGCCGCAUUUGCGCUACGCCGCCGUCUUCCUGCCGACGGCCCGCAGCACGGCCCUUUUGCCCUUUUUCCAUUGGCUCAGCAACUCGGCUGCUGGCCGCGACGGAGUUGGAGUCUGGCCGCUGGCCGACAACUGGACGCAAGUCGUGGCCAUGGACUUUGGCUUGAAGGAGGCCCUUUUCAACGAGUACGUCAUCCGCGACGUCCUCUACCUCAGCGUCGGCGCCGUCCUGGUCUGCACCUGCAUGUGGUGGUACACGGCCUCGCUGUUUCUCACCUUGAUGGCCAUCGUCUCGGUCGUCCUCUCGCUGGCCGUCGCCUAUUUCGUCUACACGUUCGUCUUUGAAUUGGAUUUCUUCCCCUUUAUGAACCUCCUGGCCGCCGUCAUUGUCGUCGGCAUAGGAGCAGACGACGUCUUUGUCUACGUCCAGGUCUGGCGCUGCGUCAAGCUGGACAAGGAUGGAACCACCCUGGCCAAAUUGGUGAUGGACACUCUAAGUCACGCCGGACUGUCGAUGCUGGUGACGUCGCUGACGACGGCGGCGGCUUUCUUCUCUUCUUUCAUCUGCCCAGUGACGGCCAUCCGUUGUUUCAGCCUUUUUGCCGGACUGACGAUCACGAUCCAUUUUCUCUUUAUGCUCUCCUGGCUGCCGGCCUCGGUCCUCUUGGCCGAGAAAUACUUUUCCGCGCCCGUUUGUCGCCACCCCGGCACAGCCAACGCCGCCACCGCCGCUGCCGUCGCCAGUAGACGGCCCGUUUUUGUCCUCCAUCCGUUUCGCAGCUGCUGGCGCACCACUAGCGAUCUGGGCCGCAUCACGUUCGACAAGAUUCUGCCCUGCAUCGUCGUCAAGUUGCGAUAUUUCUGGAUUGUCGUUUUGGGCGGAUUGGCCGUCGCUGCUGGUGUCGUCGUCUUCCAUUACCCGAAAUUGGAAUUACCAGACACGAAGGAAUUUCAAUUAUUCUCAUCCAACCAUCCGUUUGAACGAUACGAUUUGGAAUUCAAAAACGAAUUUUGGUUCGAGCGCUCGCAACGGGCCGAAUUGCUGGCCAAACUGCCGCUGCGCUUCGUGUGGGGCGUAGUCGACGAGGACAAUGGCAACUCACUGGACCCGUCGUCCAAGGGCUCGCUGGUUCUCGAUCCUGCCUUCAACAUGGCCGCUCCCGAGUCGCAGGAGUGGCUCUCGCACUUUUGCAAGGACAUCCGCGACCAGCCCUUUUUCCAGCCGACGCUCGGCCCGCUCCUGCCCAACUGCUUCAUCGAAACUUUCCAAUCUUGGAUGGACAGGCGUUGCGAGGAUUCGGUGGAUGGCAAGAACAGGACGCCGUGCUGCGAAGUCUCGACAUUCCCCUACAGCGAGCACGUCUUUAACCAGUGCAUCGUCCUGGCCGUCAAGGAUCUCUACGAAACGCCGGCCCAGUUUUUCCUGCCCGGAGUGGCCGGGCCGAGAUUCUCCAAAUCGACGCAGCGACUGGACGCCGUCGUCGUCGAAUACGACAGCAACGUCACUUUCUCGCUCUCCUACACGGAAAUGGACGCCUUCCGUCGCCAAGUUGACGACUGGAUGGAAGCCCAGCUGGCCUCGGCUCCGCCUGGUAUGAAGGGCGGCUGGUUCACCAGCGAUUUGGCCUUUUACGACGUCCAGCGCAGCUUAUCGGCCGGCACCGUUCACGCCAUCGCGCUGGCCAUGGCCAUCGCCCUGGUCGUUUUGAUUGGCGCCACCGGCAACCUGUGGCUGAGUUGCCUGUCGGUCGUUUGUUUGACGAGCGUCGUCCUGGUCUCAGUCGCCGUCCUCGUCCUCCUCGGCUGGAAAUUGAACAUUCUCGAAUCGGUUUCCGUCAGCCUGGCCGUCGGCCUCUCGGUCGAUUUCACGCUCCACUACGCCGUCGGCUACCGGCUCAGCGGCCAGGAGACGGACAGGGAGUCGGCCGUCGUCUUCUCACUGACGCGGAUGAGCAGUCCCAUCGCCAUGGCGGCCGUGACGACGCUGUCGGCCGGAGCGGCCGUGCUGCCAUCUAGCGUCAUCGCCUACCAGCAGAUUGGCACUUUUGUCGUCGUCGUCAUGGUGACGUCGUGGAUCUACUCGACGCUCUUCCUCCCGUCGCUCCUCAGAGUCUGUGGACCGCAGAACGGAUGCUCCCAAAUUCCCUCGUCCUCCUGUCUAGGCUCUGGCUGCUGUUGCUGCUGCUGCCCAGCCGGUCCGACCCAGCACGUCGAUAAAACCGUUUACAGUUACGGACUGUCCGAGUCGACCCUGUCCACGUCCAGCACCUCCUGUCCCAAUCCCAAUUCCAACAUUUCCACUGUCCAUUGCGAGACUCACGAACUGGAACCUCUCACGUCCAGCCAUCGAGUCAAAGCCGUUCGCUCGGUUGGCAACAACCGACCACGAUCCGGAAGCCUAGUGGCCGCCAACGACCAUCACUCCAGCGGGUCUACCACUGCUGCUGCUCCGGCAUCCGCCGCCGUCACGUUGAUUCAAAACGGGCGGAAAAUGAGGAAGAUUAGCCUGCCCAGCACGACGGCCCUGCUGGUGGCCGAAGCACAUGACCACCACCGCGAGCCCCAAGUCGUUUGCAUAGAAACUCUCAACUCGGACAUGUGGGCGGCGUGAACUAACGUCGUGAAUAUUUAAUUUCAAUAUUUAUUUCAAUGAAACUCCGUGUUGUUGUUUUUUUCAAAAAAAUUAUCCUGGGUUUUGUUUGUAUUUUUCAAUCCAGCGCUUUGAUAUUAUUGUUGACGUGUGAAAUUGAAAAGAAUCGAUGGAAGGGCUGACACUGUUAUAAAUAGUGCUGCAUUCACUCGUGCUGGUGGUGUUGAUCUCAAAUACACACAAACUCAUUUGA